UGCCAGAGGCCUGGCGAGUUACAGCUGUGUCAGUGAGGUGGCUGUUACUGCUCCUUAGAUACUCCAGGGGUGUCCCCUCUGGAGUGCUGCAGGCAGAGAGGAAAGAAAGGCUGAGUUCUGGUCAUGUGAGGUUUUGUCGAGAUCAGUGGUUUUUAGGUUUUAGAGUUUUCCAUCCUGGAUUGAAUUUGUUUGUAAAACUUUUUUAUUUAAUGCGUUCCUGUGGCUGUAGCGUAACUUUUAGGGAAGGUGGAACUACCUGUUAUCUUCUGCAGCCCCAUGAAAAUGGGGAAGCUCUAUCAAAAUGGGUAACGUAAGCAUUUCAGUUAUACAUGAGAGAGGAAGCGGGCAUGUCAGCUCUUUGUCCACCACCAUCUCCUGCAGUUGCUAAAACAGAGAUCUCUUUGAAUGGCGAGUCACCUCUACUAGCUGCCACUUUUGCUUACUGGGACAAUAUUCUUGGCCCCCGAGUGCGGCAUAUCUGGGCCCCAAAGACAGAACAGGUACUUCUCAGUGAUGGUGAAAUAACUUUUCUUGCUAACCACACCCUGAAUGGAGAAAUACUUCGGAAUGCAGAAAGCGGUGCAAUAGAUGUGAAGUUCUUCGUCUUGGCAGAAAAAAGGGUAAUCAUUGUGUCAUUAAUCUUUGAUGGAAACUGGAAUGGAGACAGAAGCACAUAUGGACUAUCAAUUAUACUUCCACAAAGUGAACUUGGCUUCUACCUGCCACUUCACAGAGUGUGCGUGGAUAGGUUAACACAUAUUAUAAGGAAAGGAAGAAUAUGGAUGCAUAAGGAGAGGCAAGAACAUUUCCAGAAGAUUGUGUUGGAAGGCACGGAGAGAAUGGAGGAUCAGGGCCAGAGCAUCAUUCCAAUGCUGACUGGAGAAGUCAUUCCUGUAAUGGAACUCCUUUCAUCUAUGAAAUCACACAGUGUUCCAGAAGAAAUAGAUAUAAGUGACACGGUACUGAAUGAUGAUGACAUUGGGGAUAGUUGCCAUGAAGGCUUUCUUCUCAAUGCAAUUAGUUCACACCUGCAGACCUGUGGUUGUUCUGUAGUUGUAGGAAGCAGCGCAGAAAAAGUUAAUAAGAUUGUGAGAACGUUGUGUCUGUUUCUUACGCCGUCAGAGCGGAAGUGUUCCAGACUCUGUAGAAAUGAGUCUUCUUUCAAAUACGAGUCAGGACUUUUUGUUCAAGGCUUGCUCAAAGAUGCAACAGGAAGCUUUGUGUUGCCUUUCCGUCAAGUAAUGUAUGCGCCAUAUCCUACUACGCAUAUAGACGUAGAUGUCAAUACAGUGAAGCAGAUGCCCCCUUGUCAUGAACACAUCUAUAACCAACGACGAUAUAUGAGAUCCGAGCUGACAGCAUUUUGGAGAGCUAAUUCAGAUGAAGAAAUGUCUCAAGAUCAUAUUAUCCACACAGAUGAGAGUUUCACACCUGAUUUAAAUGUCUUUCAAGAUAUCCUGCAUCGAGAUACAUUAGUAAAAGCCUUCCUGGAUCAGAUCUUCCAUCUGAAGCCUGGCUUGUCUCUGAGGAGUACUUUCCUUGCACAAUUUCUACUAGUCCUUCACAGAAAAGCCUUAACUUUAAUAAAAUAUGUAGAGGAUGACACGCAAAAAGGAAAAAAACCUUUUAAGUCUCUUCGUAGCUUAAAGAUAGAUCUUGACUUAGCAGCAGAGGGCGAUCUUAACAUAAUAAUGGCUUUGGCUGAGAAGAUUAAACCAGGUCUACAUUCCUUUAUCUUUGGGAAGCCAUUCUACACUAGUGUACAAGAACGUGAUGUGCUCAUGACGUUUUAAAGUUCUCCACCGCUGACGUGUAGUAUUGCAGUCUUGCAUGGUACGAAAAGAAAUCUGCCUGUGUGACCACCACGCUUGUGACAAUCAUUGACUUGAUUGAGGAUGGAGCAUUAGGAGCACAGUGACACUGCAGUCUGUCCAAAGCAGGAGGGGAUCUUGUUAGAGGCAAUAUCAGCUUAACUAGACAAGUAUGAUUUUAAUGAAUCCAUCUCUUCUGUGUGCUUUAACAGUAAAUGUUACCAGAGGUUCCCUUGCCAUAUAGGCCUAGUAGAUAAAUUUGAAAAAGUUUUGGUGUAUGAUAAAGGGAAGCAUUUUAGUUUUCUUUCCCGAGAGACUUCCUUAAGAUGUGUGUCAGUUUUUCCCAGUUCUGCUGUGUCAGUAUAUUUAGUGUUUCCACAGAAAACAAUACAUACGUCCUCUCUAAUCAUGGAGCAAUCAUGGAGGUUGCAGAAUAGGGGCCCUCCAGGCGUUUCAAAGAGGUUUUAAAAGUGUUUGUUCUUAUGUAUGCGGUACAAAUCUGAAAUAUGUCUUCCCUCAUCUCCCUUUUUAACACUACUGUCUCCUCCAUUUAGAGCAUUAAAAGUGUUCGGGAUUUUUAGUAUACUACAAAUUGCUAUUCUUGUGCAACAGUGCAAACUGUUGACUAUGAGCAGCUUAAAUAGCAGCACUCUGCUUGUGGGAACUGGGUCAUUAUUUAAGCAGCUUUCUGCAUGCAAGUGCCAACCAGGAUACUCUGUCACAGAUUGUUGGGCCAUCCCGCAGUGAAGUGUUCAAUGAUCCAGCAUAAUUGAGCUCUUUCAAAACACAAAGCAGAAAACUUGUGUCAUUCAGCAGCAGUUGUCAGUCUUUCUGCCUGUUAACUGCUGCUGGUUUUUCCAUUAUCAGUUAGAAUAAGGUUCAGAUUAAAGUAUUAGACCUUCCCAAAGAACACAAUGGUGAUAGCCAAACUAAAAGAUGAAACAGUAAUUUUUUUUUUGCAUUGCCAUUAAUAUAUUUAGUAAUCCUUAAUUCAGAGAUGAGCACAGCUAUGAACUAAUGUGAUUAGCAUUUUCCUAAGUGAAUUCUAGUGAAUAAUCUUGCCAAUCUUCUUAGUUCAUCUUAGCACAUCUCCAACUUUGCUUUGCUUGAAAAUAAAAACACGUUUUCUAUUUGUAUGCCUCAACCUUUGCUUCUCAGUAGCAUGUAGAGCAGUGUGGUGUCAGGUUAAUCCACACCCAUUUUUUUGAGUUCUGACGCACAGUUGGUGUACCACUCAUUUAAAUAUAACACACAUCUGUACUGCAUGUUGUUGUAUUUCUUUUCUUUUUGGACAAACACAGGAAUAUAUUUGUAUUGUGUUAGCAUAACCUCAUAACUCAAUAUUCAUUGUGAAAGAGCUGCACUUGUGAUUAAAGAAGCCACGGUUGCUUUAUUGCUAUAAUUGUCCUUGGCGAACAGGUUUCUGUCUUCAAGAUAGCUUUUUAGUGUCUCUUUCAUGCAGCGAGGCGUUGGAAGUUAACAAAAGUUAGAUUCACAACUUCUCCUGAAAUGUGCAAUACUCAGAUUUUAAAAGGAAUACUGUCCUUUUUUAUUUAGAUGUCCAGAAUUCCCUUACAUUUCCUGAAAGACAAAGAUUCACAAUUAAAUAUUUAGUGCUUCUGAAAGAUGUGGAAUUGAGCCCCACUGCACACCAUUUUUGUGAAUGAACAUCAUCAGCAUUACCUGGUUGAAUAUGUAAUUGCAUUUUGUGGAGCCAGUUUUUUGCUGCACAUGCAUGUAGGACUCUUGCAAUGAGCUCGGUGCUUCACGAAAAGAACUUGUCAGAAUUAUGCUGACAUAAAUUACUUGUGCUGAGACUCUUUUGUCUUCCUACCAUUAUUGAUCCAUUAGAAAAGAGCCUGAUUGUGCUAAGUUUUUACUCUCAUGUCUAAGAUUGUGGAAAAAAAUGUAAAGACUGCUGAAACUUGUAAUGUAGAAGUUGCGUUGAAGGCUAAAGAAGAGCUUUAAAUGUGUUGCUGAAAUUAAUCACUUCACGUUGAUAGCCAUUGGAAACUUAGCAUUGACACUAACAGUAAAGCUCUGUUUACUAAAGAUCCUGUCACUUUUUGAAAUUACUAAAUGCUGGAAACUUUCUCAGUUGCUACUUUUGUUGCACAACUGUCACAAGUGCACUGUCAGAAGUGCAGAAUGUAUGGUGAAGUAAAUUAUUAAAUGCAUCUGCAUGUUGUGUUGUAAAUCUUGCUCAGGAACAAAGUGUUCUAAUAAAAUCCAGGCACAAUUUUUUACUUCAA